AUGAAAGGAAAGCAAUGGAAAAUAAAAACUGUUAGUAGACAGAAAAAUGAAAUAAAUAAAGUCAAAAAUAAAAUAUAUUUGGUUAAUUCCCCAGCAAAUAAGAAUUAUAGAAGCGCAAUAGUUUAUGAUAAUGCUUAUAAGGAUGACGUAAAGGACUAUGGACAACAAGAACAAGGCAAGCUGCGACAUUUGACCGAUAAUGACGAUAGUAAAGCCAAUAAUGUUAAUAUUUGGGAGUUCAUGAACGAAAUUAAAAAUGGUAUAUUGGGAUUAGAGAUUGAUUUGAAUCUAAAUUAUGGAGACACUAGCAGUACUGGCAGUGAAAACGAUACUGAUAGUGAUAAAGAGAAUGACAAUACUAAUAUAUUGAAUUUCACCAGUGAUUUUAUUCAUAGUAGCAGAACUAGACAAGUUCGAACCGCUACUACUGUUACACAUCAUGGUCAUAAUAGGAAUGGAAAUAGUAAAGCGUUGAAAGCAAACGGUGAUAAUGCAACACUGGACAAUAAUACUGACACUAGCGCAAGAAAUAAUGGUACAGGAAAAGAUAGAGAUGCAGAUGCUAUGAAGUAUCUUGGUAUUAAAGAAUUCAACACAACUAGGAAGCAGGAGAAGAAAGACUAG